AUGUCUCGUCCUAAUAUUUUGUUACUUGUAUUUUAUGCAUUCCUUACUUUUGCAUAUGCUCAAACUCCAGAUGUAAACGACACCAACCCCAAUCCAGAUCAAAGCGCAACCACAACAGAUGAAGGAUCUGUUUCUUGCAGUGAUAGUGGUUAUAUAGCUGAAGAAUAUAAUCUAGGUCUUCAUAUUGCUUCAUUUUUUAUAAUACUUGCAACAAGUUCAUUGGGUGCUUUUAUUCCAGUUAUAUCUACUAGAAACCCCAACUUGAAGAUGAUUCCUACAGCAUUUGAAGCAUUAAGCGAAGACUGUCUUCCGGAAAUUUGGCAUAAUUAUGCAUGGCCAGGUGCAAUUUCUAUGAUGGCAGCGUUAUUAGUUUUCUUCAUAGAAUAUUUGGCCAUAAAUUAUACUGAUGAAUAUGAUGAUAAAAAUAAAGAAGUAAGUCUCCCAAGAAAUAACUAUGAUCCUAAAGGAAAUGACAAGAUCACUAAUAUCAGUCAACCAAGUGGGACUUUAGUUGUGCUAACUAAUAGUUCACAAACAAUCGGUGUAGUAGUUUUAGAAUUUGGUAUUUGCUUUCAUUCAGUAAUAAUUGGAAUGGCAUUGUCAGUUACUAGUGGGACUGAGUUUAUCUCUUUAUUAUGUGCUUUGGUUUUUCAUCAGACAUUCGAAGGUUUGGGACUUGGUUCAAGAAUUGCAGCAUUAAAGUUACCAGAAGGCAGCUUUAAACCAUGGCUUAUGUCAUUAGCUUAUGGUGCUACAACUCCACUUGGAAUAGCUAUAGGUUUAGGUGUACGUGAAACAUAUAAUCCAUCAUCGUCAACUGCUCUCAUAAUACAGGGGGUUCUUGAUGCAAUAUCUGCUGGAAUAUUGCUUUAUGCUGCAUUAGUUGAAUUGCUUGCAAGUGACUUCAUUUACGGUUCCCAGUUUCGAAAAUACUCUGCCCUUCAAAAAUUUUAUGCAUUUUUUCUUUUGCUUCUUGGUGCUGGAAUGAUGGCUUUGAUUGGUUAUUGGGCAUAA